AUUCUUAGCUUACCGCAAUUUCAUGAUCGAUACCUAUCGCUUGAACCCUCAAGAGUACCUGACCAGCACUGCCUGCCGAAGGAACUUGACAGGGGAUGUUUGUGCAGUAAUGAGAGUGCACGCCUUCCUGGAGCAGUGGGGACUCAUUAAUUACCAAGUGGACCCCGAAAGCCGGCCCAUGGCCAUGGGCCCUCCUCCCACCCCGCAUUUCAACGUGCUCGCCGACACCCCUUCGGGGCUUAUGCCACUUCAUCUUCGCGUGCCUCAGAUCCCAGCUGCUCAACAGAUGUUGAAUUUCCCUGAGAAAAACAAGGAAAAACCUACUGAUCUGCAAAACUUUGGGCUUCGCACAGAUAUAUACUCAAAGAAAACAUUAGCAAAGAGCAAAAGCGCCAGCGCUGGGCGAGAAUGGACAGAACAGGAGACUCUGCUGCUGCUUGAGGCUUUGGAAAUGUACAAAGAUGACUGGAAUAAAGUGUCAGAGCAUGUCGGAAGCCGCACUCAAGACGAGUGCAUCCUCCAUUUCCUGAGACUUCCCAUUGAGGACCCUUACUUGGAGAACUCGGACGCCUCCCUGGGCCCCCUGGCUUACCAGCCUGUGCCCUUCAGCCAGUCUGGAAACCCGGUGAUGAGUACAGUCGCUUUCCUGGCAUCUGUCGUGGAUCCCCGCGUGGCGUCUGCUGCGGCUAAAGCAGCUUUAGAGGAGUUUUCCCGGGUCCGAGAGGAAGUGCCCCUGGAACUGGUUGAGGCCCACGUCAAGAAAGUGCAGGAGGCGGCCAGAGUCUCUGGAAAGCUGGACCCCACGUAUGGGCUGGAAAGCAGCUGCAUUGCUGGGACGGCCCCAGAAGAACCGGAAAAGCUUGAUGGGCCUGAAGAAGAAAAAAUGGAAACGGAGGCAGACGGGCCGCCGGCAGAAAAAGUGAAGGUUGAAAACAAAGGGGAGAAUGAAAUAGAUGGAAACAAGGUGCUGGAAGGAGAAGAGGAGAGACAUGCAGAGAAGGAGCAAGACGGUGACGUCCCUCUGGAUCCUAAACCAGAUGAGAGGGAAGCGGAAGAGAACAAGGAGAAUCUCGAUGUGUGCAAAGACAAGGACAGCGACGCUGGGAAGAAGAGGGCCGAGCACGAGAUCUCCGAAGGGAACGUCGCGACGGCCGCAGCUGCUGCUCUGGCCUCGGCUGCCACCAAAGCCAAGCAUCUGGCAGCCGUUGAGGAGAGGAAGAUCAAGUCCUUGGUUGCCCUCUUGGUGGAAACGCAGAUGAAGAAACUAGAGAUCAAACUCCGUCAUUUUGAGGAGCUGGAAACGAUCAUGGACCGAGAGAAAGAGGCGCUGGAGCAGCAGAGGCAGCAGCUGCUGACCGAGCGCCAGAACUUCCACAUGGAGCAGCUGAAGUACGCGGAGCUGCGUGCCCGCCAGCAACUGGAGCAGCAGCACAGUCAGAACGCUCAGCAGUCCCACCAGCAUUCCAGUGGCCCCGGCAUGAACCCUCUGGGGACACCCCCUGGGCACUCCGGCCUGAUGGCGCCCCAGCAGCCGCCUCCGUAUCCCAUGAUGCACCAUCAGAUGCCCCCUCCUCACCCCCCACAGCCAGGUCAGAUCCUCGGACCAGGCUCCAUGAUUCCCGGGCAACCCGUGCCCGGUGGCCGGAUGAUGCAGGCAGGAGCAGCCAACAGCGGCAGUGCUGGCGCCCCCCAGCCUGCCACAGCGCCAGCAGCAGGGAGUAUUGCUGGACCUCGGGGGGCCCUGGCGUCGCCCAACGGCUUGUAUCCACCGCCACCGCAGCCGCCGGCACCACCUCCAGCCGACGGGGUCACUCCGCCUCCUGCAGGAGCGCCACCGGCCUCCACAGCGCCCUGACGGGGUCCAGCGCCAAGGAACGGCUCCUGCUGUGCCAGUAGCAGCCCCCAAACCACCCUUUCCUCCCUUUCUCUCUCCUUCCUUCUGCGGCGCCAGUCCCCUGCCACCCGGCGGCACCACCUGUGGUCCAGGCGUGGCUUCCCAGCCAGGGACACAGACGCACGAGGCUUCCGCUGCGUCCCCGCGGUGCUUUGCCUUUUGGCCUCAGGACUCUCUCUCAACCACCAAGCCAAAGCGGCGGCUUUGCUGUGACACCCUCCCGGGCGGGCCACUGCAGCGUGCAAGAGGCAAAGCACCACAGUGCGGCAGCGGAGGGGAGAGGAGUGCUCCCCGCCCCCCGGCCUAACCAUCCCGGUCCACCCUGCCCAGAGGCUCUGCAGGUGGGCCGUUACCCAGAACCCGUGCGGAGCUCUGGGCCCGCCUCGCAAGCCGAGCAAGGGGAAAUGUCAACUGGCAUCAGCCCUCUGCCGUGGCGCGAGUCGCUCCAGCCCCUGUCUUUUCAGUGGGGGGGGGAGGAAGUGGUCGAUGCCACCCCCUCCCCGCCUGUUCCCUCUGCAAAGCCCAGCAACCAGCAAAAACGAAUGUCCACUUCAUUUUCUCUCCCUUUUUUUUUGGAGUGGGCAUUAUGUGUUCUUU